AUGAUGAUGCUAAAUAGAUUGAAAUGUUUGGGAAAAGGGCCGUUGAGGUUUUAUUCAGUUCAUUCAGAUACGGCAGGAGCUACUAAGACUAUUUUGGACUUGCAGCGGAAGUAUGUGGAAAGGAAACCACUUACUAUGUGUACAGCAUAUGAUUUCAUUACUGCAAGUUGGGUUCAGAAAGCGGAUACAGAUAUUCUUUUGAUUGGUGAUUCCAUGGGCAUGACUUCCCUAGGGUAUGAUUCAACUUCAUCGUUAACUUUAGAUGAAUUUAAAUAUCAUGUCAAAUCUGUCUGUAGAGCAGAAGGUCCGUCUUUUAUUGUCAGUGAUAUGCCAUUCGGAAGUUUUGAAACUAGCAUAAGCCAAGGUAUUCAAACGGCAAUUGAUCUAAUGAGAUCCAGCAGUAAAGUAAAAUCAAUGAAAAUUGAGUCCGGUUCCUGUCAUAGUGACCAUCAUACCUACAAGUUAAUUGGCGAACUUUGUUCAAGAGGUAUACCUGUGAUGGGCCAUAUAGGUUUAACACCACAGCGACAACACUCAUUGGGUGGUUUCAAAGUCCAAGCCAACAAGAGUGUGCAGGAAAUACAUGAUCUUUUGGCAUCUGCAAAGAAAUUAGAAGAACUUGGAUGCUGGGGCAUCGUAUUGGAAUGCAUACCUCAGAGAGUGGCUGGAUUUAUCACGAAAGCAUUAUCCAUACCAACAAUUGGUAUAGGUGCUGGUAACCAGACUAGUGGCCAAGUCCUUGUUGUAUCAGAUUUGUUGGGCUUCCUGGAUAGCACACCGCCAAAAUUUGUAAAAGAAUAUGACAACUUGGGGCAACGAGCAAUUGAUAGCAUUAAAGCAUACAACUCAGACGUUACUACAAAGGCUUUCCCAGAAACUGGAAAACAUAAUUUCAAAAUUAAAGAGGAUAUAUGGAACCAAUUCUUGUCGGAAGUAAAAGUUGAUAAAACAUAA